AUGCCAAAAACAAUAUUCCAAAACGCAGCACUCUUCCUGAAGAAAAAAGGAAAUUCUACAGACAAAGAUGAAGAGUCGUCCUACAGAACUCAGAGUGGACUCUCUGAUUCAUCCCAUUCCCGAGCAGAAAGUAUUUCUGGUUCUGACCGUCCUCGGAGCCGAAAGGAGGAGGAAUGUCUGCUAAACCUGCAAUUGGCAUGUCAAUUGGCAGGCAUACCUGCCUCUGAUAACACCAUCUUUCGCUUCGCUUGCUACUACGACUUCAACCAUGACUUGGCUAGAAAAGCCCUGAUCGAAAGAUACGAUGAUCCCCAUCUAAAUCUUCGAAUGGAAGGUGAAUUGGUGGAGCAGUUCCAAAACUUAGUCAUCUUUCCUCUACCGGGUCUCAUGACAAAGAACAAGAAGCACGAAGUCCUCUACUUCCAUGCUUGCCGUCACUUUCCAGCAGAGAUGGAUACUAAUCUUCUCAUCAAGAAUGUGUGCUAUGUCAUGAACGAAAUGAGCCUAACAGAAGAGCAGUGCCGUAAUGGAGUUGCAUUGAUAAUCGAUUUGCACCAGUGGACAUUCAAGAACUUCACAAAUGAAUGCUCCCACAAGUUUCUGAAGGCAAUACAGCAUCAAGUACCAACAAAGGUAGCGUCAGUUCUCAUUGUGAACCCUCCUCGUUGGUUCCCCAAGGUUUGGAAAAUGCUGAAGAAGGUGCUUUCUCCAUCCUUUGCCAAGAGAUUCGUCAUUCUAAAGAAGCAGAGUCAAUUGCAAGACUAUUUGAUGGAUGGUUACGAAGGGUACCUACCAAUGGAAAUGGCAGGUAGUCAAGACUCAACAGAGAUCGUUGAGGAUUUUGUGGACUUGAAGCUUCACGUUGAAUCCAACCAGCAGGUUGAUGCCCUCACAGCAAACGAGGACGGAUGGUGA